CUUGCUCAGGAAAACCAAGACAGAAAGCAUGUUUGACAUGCUUUGUUUCGUGGUAGCUUUGCUGAGGUGCAACACGGCAAUAACGGCUUGCGAACGUGUGAGCUGUUGGGUGCUGGCGCUGGUGGCGCUGGAUCAGCUGCACCAGCCUCGAAGGAGUCGGAGGGGCAGAGCCGGCAGAGCUGGCAGAGCACCUUCAUCUUCAGUGAUAAGCUACAACACCGCCAUCAGUGCCUUGCAACAGGCAAGCCAGUGGCAGUGGGGCGAAGAUCUUCUUGCGAGCCUCAUGCAGGUGAACCUGCAGCCGACGGUGGUCACAGCUGGUGCUGUGUGCGCCAAGGCACCAUGGCCACGGAGCCUUGAGGUCUUGGAGCAGCUGGAAAUUCGACAGGUUCAGGCGAAUACGGUUGCCUUCAACACCAUAAUAAGUUCUUGCAGUGGAAGGCCUGCUCUCGAGCUACUUCGCAGAAUGUGGCAAAGGAGGAUUCGAGCAACUGUGAUCAGCUACAACAGUGCCAUCAGUGCUUGCAGCUCGUGGGAACUUGCGCUCUUCCUCUUGACCAACAUGGGAACUGCCAAGCUUGCACCUGACUUGCUGAGCUUCAACUCGGUGAUCAGUGCAUGUGAGACGGGGGCAAACUGGCAGUUGGGCGGAGCACUUUUAGACCUCAUUGCUACGGCUCGGCUGAGUUCAGACGUGAUCAGUCUUAGCGCAACGAUCAGCACCUGCGAAGCAGCGAGUCAAUGGCAAUAUGCAGCUGGUCUUCUGCACCUGAAAGAUGGACCCGAUGGAGCGGUACCAAACCUCACCACGUUCAACAGCGCUGCCACCUCCUAUGAGAAAGCAAGGCGAUGGGAGCUGGCAGUGCAAACUUUGGAAUUGCUUCAGCCUCUUCAGCCGGACUUGAUCACCUACAACUCUGUCUUGAGGUCCUCUGGGAAGCGCUGGCCACUUUCCUUACAAAUUCUACAGACUAUGGUCCAGGCUGCCAUUGUCGCAGACCUCAUCAGCUACAACGCCGCCACACUCGCAUGCGAAGCUCAGCUCACACAUCUCCAGCUUUUGCUGGAUAGAGUUUUACCCAGAAGCUUGCAAGAGCUCCUUUACACCGUUCUCAAG